CUAUCGGUUACUUCUUUUUUCUGAUUAGUUCACCGAAAACCGUGAGGAUUGGAAAAAUGAAGAAGAAACACAGGCCCAGCAGUGAGACUAUUUAGAAAAAUCGGUUCUUUUGAAAAAUAAUAUCAUUUUUUUAGUUGUCUUUGCAUCAUAAGUCGAUUGAUUGAUCGGAUCACACAGUCCAGUACAAACGUCUUACGACGUCCCUAAUGUCUUGACGCGACUCAGAAAAAAAUAAACUUAUAAUUUUUGGAGAUUUUUGCAAGAAAACACGUAUUUAUUCAUUAAAUAUUCAUAUAUUAGAAUUGUCUGAGAUUAAUUUCGUGUUGUUGUUGUAGUAUUUUCUUUCUUAAAGUGCUGGUUCUAUUUGGAGUGAGGUUAGUUUUUAUUCAACGUAACGGAGGAAGAUUGUUGUAUUAUAAAUGAACGGUGAGAAAAGAAACUCUCGUGGCCGUGGCCGUGGUCGCGGUCGCGGUCGUGGCCGAGGCAGAGGCCGUGGGCGGGGCAAGAAGGUCGCUAAAGUCAUGUCUUCGGAUGAAGAGGAAUGCUCCGUGGAAGAAAAUUCCCAGGACACAGAAGAUAAUGUAGUAGCUGAAGAGCCGAAAGAGGAGGUGGAACAGCCGGAACCACCGAAAUUGGAGGUUCCAUCAGACAUAUCUCAACUGGAAGCACCAGUGUUCACCACACUGCAGCGUGGCCCCCCGGAACCAAUGCUAAGACUAGAUUGGAGUCACCGAGCCACUCUUAUUGGGGAGAAAGUCCUCAAUCCUAUGAUAUAUUGUUGUGACAUCUGCUCUAAACCUAUACUUAUUUAUGGGAGAAUGAUUCCAUGUAAACAUGUGUUUUGCCUAUCCUGUGCCAGGGCUGAUCACACACACUGUCCGAGGUGCAGGGAAAAGGUUCUGAGAGUGGAACAGACUGGUCUAGGCACAGUGUUCAUGUGCACACAUUCUGGCACGAGAUAUGGCAACACUGGAUGCAGAAGGACUUAUUUGUCACAGAGGGACCUUCAAGCGCACAUCAACCACAGACAUGUGUCAUCAGGCGCUGGCGACGCAAAGCCGGAACAGGAGCCACCAGCUGCCUCUGUAGCUAUCGUCAAACCGCUCACUCAAGUCCCGCCGACGGCGAACGACCCGCGCGGCCACACGCAUGCGCGCGGCGCCCGCACCAACCUCAUCACGGUGCCCAUACAGGACCAGCCAGAUACGCAUAACUAUUACAAUUAUUAUGCUCCGGCGCCCACGUCGUCGCUGCCGCUGGUGGCGCACGCGCUGAGCGUGCCGCCGCCCUACUACACGCCCGCUACGUACCCCGCGCCGCCGCAGCACUACGUCGCGCAGCCUGGGCAGGCCACAAUGAGCCCGGGCGUGGGAGGUGCGGCGGGCGGCGCGGGCGGCGCCGACGGGCCGCGCUGGGAGGCGCCGCCCGCCUACGGCCACGCGCCCGCGCCGCCCGCCGCCUGGCCGCACGCGCCCCCGCCCCUCGCGCCCCCGCCGCACCCCGCGCACCCCCCGCACCCGCACCCGCCCCCGCCGCACCACUACUACCGGUAG